AUGGCGGCUCUUAUCAAAUACCCAGACUCAGACAAUACCAAGGAUCCUGAUUCAGAGGAGAAGUCCAACAAGGGGAAGAAAAACGGUAAUGGGAAGGGGCAGCAGUCCAACAUGCCGGGUCAUAAUCAUAAUAAUAAUGGUAAGCGCAAACAGCCCGAUGGCGGGUCAGAUUUUGUGGCCAAUACCAACGCCCAAAAUAACGGUCAACGUCGAAGAGGAAAACCACCCCCUCGUAUUGGAUCAAAGGUUAACCUUGAGGCAGAAUUAAACCGGCCUUGCCCGAAGCAUAGUUAUCCAGAUAGACCGUCGACCCACCUGCGGAAGGAUUGUAAUAUCAUGAAGGAGUUUAUGAGCUCCGGUUUUCCUCAGAACAACAAUAACAAUAAUGGCCCGCACGGCGGGACAGGAUCCGGCUCACAUGGGCCCGGCUUUGGAGCUAGCGGAUCAGGUUCUGGAUUUCAGGGUCAGGGCAACCAGGGCGGCUUUAACUAG